GUCUUGGACAACCCCCUCGCGUCUGUCAUGCGCAAUCCCCUGCCUUCUGUAUCGCUCGCAGACCUUUAAAGGGUUCUUUACCACUGGGAAUACCGUUAAUACCCGAGUAUGCCCCCAUUCCCAUGCAUCAUCAUCUCACUGACUACCGUAGCGGCUCAUCAUGGAACGCUGUCCAGUAGAUAUCUGUAACGAAAUAUUUUCCUACGCCUGCACGGACAACGGCUACACAGGCCGCUCACUAUCCCUCGUCUCCAAAUUCGUGCGGGCAACCUCGGAAAUGAAUAGACUGCAAUCGAUUUCUAUCAUUGGCUACGAACAGCUUGUGGCGUUUGCAGCUGCCUUGGAGCAUACCCCCCCGCACUUUCGCCGUGUACGGUAUAUCUUUAUUUCUGCACACGCUCGUUCGUCGGCAGAGAACCCCAAGGCUUUCACUUCCGAGUACUCGCGACGAGCCAAGGCCUACGCCGCCUUUGAGCAGAUCCUGCGGUACAUAAACGGGUCUGUCGAGGUGCUGCACGCUUUUUUCAUUUUCUUCCGCCCGUUUCCCCUGUUACCCGUCAAUCUCCCCCUGCUCCGGGAGCUGACGCUCUACGGUUCGCUCGACGGGCGCCCCGACGUCGAUGAGCGGCUCCAGUUCCCCUGUCUUCGCCACCUGUAUCUCUCCGCACUCUCCUCCCCUUCCUACCUUACAGGCCAGAUCUCAAAGCUCACGCCAGGGCUGGUCAAUCUGCGGUUAGCAGCUCCGGAGCGUUCGCAGUCGUUCGUUCCUGAGCUGGAGGAGACCUUGCAGAAACUAGAGGAGGAGUCGGCUUUGCCGUUGCGAAAGGUUUUCGUGCAUUGUCCCUUGAAGCCACAGGAUAACUGGUUGAAUAUGAUGGACCUCUAUGAGGAGACGAUGGCGGCGCUCACGCGUCUUUUAUCUCAGCACCAGCAACGCUUGGUGUUAUUGUCCCCUUUGCGCAUGGGUCUCUUUCGUACAGUAACCAUACAAGACGCGGAGAUAGCAUGGUCGGAAAGUAUAUCUGGGCAUUGCUGGUGGUAA